AGUUUAGAACUCGUUCGUUCGCGGUUUCCGCGUUAGUUUCUUCCUCAAGGAAAAUCGUGUUUUAAAAAUGACGUGAACAAACUAUAACUUCAGAGAUACAGGCGUAUAUUUAGUGUUGUUACAAUAAAUAUAUUAAUAUGUCGAGGUAUUUGGACCCGGAAGGGUUAGAGCCCUCCAAACCUAGCGCCUGUUCUAGGUUUCUACGUUACACCUGGAAAACUAUAACGUGUAUAUUUUCUCAUAUAUUUCUGGUUUCUUUGGUUGUGUCUUAUUGCAUUUUUGGCGCUAAAACAUUCGAAACGUUGGAAAAAGACCAUGAAAUGGAGGUGAAGAAGAAUAUCAGUAGCAUCAGGGGGAGGAUCAUUGAUAAGCUCUGGUUUAACUUGACGUCGGAGCCGUAUCUUAGGGAAGAAAAUUUUACGUUUCUGAUUGUGAAACAUCUGAAAGAAUUCGAAGGUGAACUGCUCAAAGCGAUGAACAAGGAUGGAUGGGAUGGCGAGGAAGAUAUAAAUAAAGUACAGUGGACUUUUGCUGGUGCUCUUUUUUAUUCCAUUAUUGUCAUCACAACCAUAGGUUAUGGUCACAUAGCUCCAAAAACCACAUUAGGAAAGGUUGUCACGAUAUUCUACGCGAUAUUGGGCAUUCCACUUAUGCUUCUUUGUCUUUCAAACAUUGGCGAUGUGAUGGCCACCUCUUUCCGCUUUCUCUAUUGGAGAGUAUGUUGUUACAUUUGUACAAAGAAGCCAAAAAAACCCCGCAGGGUUAGACAACGAGGCGGUACCAUUCGCAGAGAAGGUGGAAGGGGUUCGUACAGAUCCAAGACCCAAUCGUUAAGAAGAUCAGUCCGCACAUCUACUAGAUCCGCAGAUAGUGGAUUUGAUUAUGGUGAUGUUAAUCCAUUAUCCCAUUCAGACACUGAGAUAAGAGUACACGAAGAGUUGCCACCAAUGAAAGUUAGGGGUGCCAGCCUUCCCAGAAUGAAACCUGGUCAGAAUUCACGCUUUCGGGAGAUGUCCACGGUAAAUCAAAGACCGAAUCAAUACGGAGCAGGAAGAGUUCAACAGAGGGGCGGUUCUUUAGACCGUAGGAGGGCCCCAAAGGUUUGGGAUCCAUCCCUGGACCUCAAUACCUUUCCAGAUGCUCCUGUCCUAUGUAACAAAUAUGCCUUGGAAGGUCCAGAAAUUGAGUCCAAUCAUAUACAGCGGGGUGGAAUUAGGAGGAGUUUCGAAAGAUCAAGAGGUCGAAGGGCAGUUUCGAUGCCGAGGACCCACAACUAUUUAGAACUGCCGGUUCCUGUAUCUCCUGCUAGAUCUACUGAAGAUUUGCGACCAAGACAAUCCGAAUCAUUGAAGAGACCAUCCCCUUCUCGUCAUCAUGCAAGUCCCCGUAUCAUGUCCCCAUUGGGCUAUGGAUCCAAGUCGCUCUAUAUAGAGGAGGAGUCAGACACAGAGUAUUUCGACGACGGAAUGUCCUUUGAAAGUAGUCGAACAACAAGGAUCAGACCGGUUCCCAUUUGGCUUUGCGUUUUCUUGGUUGUAAGCUAUAUUUUUGCAGGCGCGUUCCUGUUCACCGCGUGGGAGAACUGGGACUAUCUGGACUCUGCCUAUUUCUGUUUUAUCACCCUUACUACCAUAGGAUUCGGCGAUUUCGUACCGGCUAAGAGGGUUACCGAAAAUGCUGAGAUGAGCAUUGCCCUAUGUUCGCUCUAUCUCCUUUUCGGAAUCUCUCUACUGGCAAUGAGUUUUAAUCUAGUCCAAGAAGAAGUGAUAGCUAAUGUCAAGAGCGUUGCCAAGACUUUGGGAAUCAUAAAAAGCGACGAUAUUGACGACGACGAUGAUUAAUUGAUGAAUAAACAUUUUGAAUAUUUUGUAUGGUCUUUAGUUUCCUUUUAUUAGUAGCUACUAGAUGGCGUGAGUGACUACUAAAUAGGUUUACAUUGCUUGUAUACCCCAAAUGAAUGAAGAAACACCACCCCAUACGCACAAGAGGUUCACGAAACUUCGGAAUAUAAACGUUGAACCUGAUCCUCUUGUGUCGGCGAUGAGAUUCCAUAGAACGUCUUCAACAUUAUCUCCAUUUGCUCUAUUAUCCCAUUCGUCAACAAGGAGGACGACAUUUUUGAAAGGCCCGAGCACUAGCUCCAACAUUUUUCAUCCGCUUCCUCAGGAUAUCUACAGGAAGAAAUUCAAAUUGAAUAGGAUCACUCAACCCGUAUUACCAACGAGAAAUGCAGACUUAGAGAUAAAUAAAGUGACAGUCUCAUCCCAGGCGAUUCUUAGCAAACAAAUUAAAAAUGAAACUAAUAAUUGUAGUUGCAGUCUUUGCGCUUCACAACAAGGGCCAUUGGCAGCAAAAACAAUGGAUUCAGUCCAAAAUCCAACAACGAAAGCAAAUUUUGACAGUAUUUAUUCGGACCAGGAUUACGUUAUUGUUAAUCAUACAAUCAGUGUUGGUAUUGAUUCAGCUGGUGAAGAAGUCGAAGAAAAAACAUAUAUGAUCCGAACCACUGGACUUGUGUCUUCGGAACAGAAAAGCGAAGUGAACGGAGUUGACUCAAUUCAAAACGGUCACUCGUUUCAAACCAAUGAUUCAAUUUCAAGUGGCAUCUCAGGUCGAAAUGGUUAUCCAUUUCAGAAAAGUGACUCAGUUGGAAAUAGUUUCCCAUUUCGAAAUGAUGACUCAGUUCAAAUAGGUGACUCAGUAGCAAGUGGUAGCCCUAUUCGAAAUGGUAACCCAAUUUCAAGUAGUAUCUCAGGUCGAAAUGGUUAUCCAUUUCAGAAAGGUGACUCAGUUAGGAAUGGAACCCCUAUUUCAAAUUAUGGCUCAGUUCAAAUGGGUGACUCAGUCGCAAGUGGUAGUCCUAUUCGAAAUGGCAACCCAAUUUCAGGUCGAAAUGGUUAUCCAUUUCAGAAAAGUGACUCAGUUGGGAAUGGGGGCCCUAUUCGAAAUGAUGACUCAGUGGCAGGUGAUGGCUUAAUUCGAAAUGGUAACCCGACUUCAAGUGGUAUUUCAGGUCGAAAUGGAGAUUUAAAUAGAAAUGAUGACUCAGUUGGAGAUGGUGAUUCAAUUCGAUAUGGCGACUCAAUUGAAAAUGAAGACUCGGAUCAAAUUAGUACUCUGAAGGACAAAUAUGCAGUCGACCCUAUUAGUAAUUGGUUUUCUCUCUUUGUUCUGUUAAGUGAUAGAGGGUUUGCAGAAGAAGUGACUUAUGAUAUACUGAAAACAGUUCAGAGAGAAGUGGAUAGAAGUCAAGAGAGUGUAUAUUCCCGCACGUAUAAGCAUAAAAAAAUAAAAUAAGAAUGAACUAACUACUGUAACUGUGUAGUCUUAAGUCAAUAAAAUCUUAAUUGUAGGUGCUAGAUAUUAUUGUAAAUAAAACGUUUAUAGAUACCUAAAAAUAUUUAACCAGUUA